AUGGACCAAAUGAUGGCGAUGGUGAAGACGAUGAACGGGGUGGUGAGUCCUCCAGCGGUAUCCUCCAUAGAAGCCGCGAAUAGUAUCGAACAACGGGUGGAUGUUAAGUCAGAAGUGCCAGAGUCAAUGCUUUCUCAAGCGUUUCCCCAUCUCAGCACAUCAAGCGAGUCAACGAGCGAAGACCAUUCGAUGUCAUUCGAAUACUCAGAAUCCGAGCCACUUGCAGCAGAUGGGAGGCCGCAGCAAUUGUCAUAUCGUCAUUUUAUCGUCGGAGAUCCACGAGAGAAGAAAUUGCAAGAGAAAAUCGAAUUCGUUAAAAUUGUUCUCAAGCACAAAAGUUCGCUUUUUGGGGAUUGUGAUGGGCACGAGAUAACCCCCCGUUCAAAAGAAGAUUCAUGGAAACGAGUUGCUGCUGAAGUGGAGUCUGCAAAUCUGGAAAGCUACAGAGGGAAACCAUGGGCUAGGUUACGAGACCACGACUGGCAGUAUGUUAGAAGGCAUGCAUUGUCGCGAAAUGAAAACUCAACGAGGCCAGGAGGCAAGUUGGGUGAACUUGACAAAAUCGUACUGGAGAUAAUAUCAACAACAGCACUAGCAAACGCAUUCAGUCAAGCAACUAAUACCUUGAUGUCUCAAGGAUCCACAAAUUCACACACUUCUCAGCAAUCGACAGAUAGUGUCGACAUAUGGCGAUCUCUAAUACUUAGUUCUGUGAAUCAGGAGAGUACUGACAACCAGGAUAUGCAGAGCUUCGAUUCAUUUAAAGAUGAGAAAUUGGCAAUUUCUAAAAUUGAAGAUAUAUCCGCAAACACUACACUCUCGAUUCCAGUACCUAUCGCCCCUGUUGCUGUUUCAAAUACCGCUGAAAAUAUUCUAGACUACAUUAAGGCAACCCAGGUGUCACCGAGUUUAUCUGUAGAUGCGGCUAUCCAACAAGCUCGAGCACUAACGAAAUCUCCAAUUUCCAAAAGGAUUCAAAAUAGGUCAGCAACAGCUCCGUCGGUUUAUGCCAUUACAUCUUCCACGUCUUCACCUCCCCAAAUCACCACCACUAUACCAAUACAACCACCAGCAGCGAAACGGUCGAGAGUUGAAUCAGAAAAAAGUCCUGGCUCUUCAUCGGUGACGUCUUCUUAUGAGCAAAGGAAAGAAGCACUGACACUUCGAAAGCUGGAAGUUGAUAUUCGCCAUACCGAAUUGCUGAACGAAAAAUUGGAAUUAGAAAUCCGCGCAAUCGAAGCACAAGAGAAGCGCAAUCAAGAGCUGCACGCGAUUGAAUUAAGAACUGCAAAAGCUAGAAUGCUUCGUGGAGCAGCCAUCGACGAACCAUCAAUUGACACGAAUCAACGAGUACUGGUCCGUCAACCGAAUGGGUACAAUUUGGAAUAG